AUGAAAGAAAAGGUCAAUAACAUUGUCACGCGCAUAGCUGAAGCGGAAGCCAAAAUUUCAGCCAGUAAAUGCGACGACAUUCAGGUGAAAAUUGAGAGGCGUCUCAAUUAUCGUGACCAAACAUCAUUCUUAAAUGACCUCGAAAUUACAGGUCUAGACGAACUUGCCAAUGAGAAUCCAAUAUACCUAAUUACGAUAAUAGCUCAAAAGGUGGGCAUUUCCCUGGAUGAGUGCGAUAUAGUUAGUGCAGGGCGUAAGGGCAAGCGACGUAGCGGCGAUGUUAUCAACGGCGAAGGCGCUGUUCCACGCCCUCAGCCUCUCGUCGUCCGGCUAGCACGCAGAACUCUUCGCGACCAGUUGAUCCGCGCUGCUCGUAGUCGGCCUGGAGUGGAUACUGCAGGGAUAGUGAACACAGUGCAGUCGCGACGCUUCUAUAUAAACGAGCCGUUGAACUGGUAG